AUGAAGAACCUAGUAGCGAGUAUAUUAAUAUUAGCUUGCUUGAUCGUUUGCCAGUCGGGAUCUGCACAAUUUCUGGAGCAGAACUGCGGUGUUCGCGCAGGAUCGGAAAGUUUGCUGAAGCCGAAAAUAAUUGACGGCUCUAAUGCGGAAAUAACUUCGAGUCCCUGGAUGGCAUAUUUGCAUACGUCUCCGGACUUUGUGUGUUCCGGGACGCUCAUUCACAAUCAGUUCGUGCUGACUGCUGCGCAUUGCAUUCGUGAUAGAGAAACGCUAAAGGUUCGCCUGGGAGACUACAACAGAAGGACAAGUACUGACUGCUCGGAAGCAGAAGCGGGCUGCCUUCCUCCAGCUGAAGAGUAUGACGUUGAUAUGGCCAUCAAAAAUCGUUUUUACAACAGAAAUGUGCAUCCGAACGAUAUAGGACUGCUGCGACUGGCGCGAAAGGUCCAGUUCAAAAUGCACAUUCGACCAAUCUGUCUGAUCAUGGAUCCGAGGGUAACCCCUACGGUGGAGACACUUUCCUGGUUCACUGCCACUGGCUGGGGCAAAACCAGAAGUGGUAGCACCAGCGCCGUUCUUCAGACAAUCACCUUGGACCGGUACCGUCGGAACGUGUGCAAUGACCAAUUCAGAGUAUCGCUGGCAACGAAUCAGUUCUGUGCCGGACACCGCACUGGCAACCUCUGCAACGGUGACUCCGGCGGGCCCUUGGGUAGAGUGGUAAAGUAUCAGGGCCUGGAGCGCUACGUCCAGUUCGGGAUUGCCAGCUACACCACCCGGAACUGUGUCGGCCCUUCUGUCUACACGGGUGUGGUCAGUCAUGCAGAGUGGAUCGCGCGUGUCAUAAAGCUGUUCAACAAUCCUGCUCCCACCAAUAAUCUACUAUCUAGCCAGAAAUUGGAAGGUCAAAAAACUAAUCCACUAUCCAGAAAGAAUUUGGAAGGAGAACGUCCAACCAGUGAGGAUUCAGAUGCCCAGAAAUCGGAAGAAGAAGCUCGCAAUAGUACCGAUAUAGUGGCCCAGAAUUCACUUUAUUAAUUUUUCUGAAAAAAUUCCAUUUGUAC